AUGGAUACCAUUACAAAAGACCUCCAGAAGCCGGCUCCAUGGACGCUUCUUUAUGCCGAUGACGUGAUGCUCGCUAGCGAAGACAAAAGUGAGCUCGAGUCACAGGUGCAGACCUGAACCGUCAUCCGGCCGGUCGCAAUCUACGGCGCUGAAUGCUGGCCUGCAACCAAAGAGGUUGAAGCCCGUCUCAGCGUAAUGGAGACCAAAAUACUGCGCUGGACAGCCGGAGUAACACACUUAGACCGUAUGAGUAAUGGCGCCAUCAGGGAGCGAUUCGGUGUUGCGCCCAUUGUCGAUAAAAUGCGCGAAGCUCGUCUACGGUGGUAUGGACAUACUCUCUGCGCAAAGAGCGACAGCGUCCGUAAGAUCGGUCUCAACCUUGACGUGUCCGGGAAGCGGCCGAGGACGUCCAAAGCAGCGGUGACUCGAUACGUUGCACGAAGAUCCUAA